AGUUGGCGCGAGCCGCGGGCGAGGCGGGGCCGCGCGGCCCCUCCCCCGGCCAGGCCCCUCCCCCAGGGCCCCUGAGCCCCUCGGUCCCUUCCGAGCGCCCCGUGCAGCCUGCUCCGCCGCUGACGCCUGUGGCCCGAGCCGAGCGCCGCGGCUUGGUUCGCCUGGCUGAGGACAAGGUCAGGGGACCGAGAGGCGAUGCCCAAGUGCGACUGCAGGCAGCCGAUCGCAGGCGACAGCGACUGGGUUCUGUCCAUCGGUCCCUCCUGACCGGGAGUGGGACUGGGGCCGGCGCUGUGCAGAGGACGAGGAGGAGCGGCGGCGGCGAGGCUUCUGCAGCCGGUUUCCCCCAGAGCAUCCCUGUCGGCGCCCGAACACGCACCCCCUCCAGGCAGGGGCGCCGGGGAAGAUGGAGCCGGGGGGCCGGGCCCGUUCUGGCCCCCUGCUGCCGGCGGCCCCGGAGCUGGGGAGGACUCGACCGGCCGGUAGCGGCGGGGGCGCCUCCUCCUGGCUGCUGGACGGGCACAACUGGCUGUUGUGCUAUGGCUUCCUCUACCUGGCGCUCUACGCGCAGGUGUCCCAGUCCAAGCCGUGCGAGAAGACCGGCUCCUGCUUCUCGGGCCGCUGUGUCAACUCCACCUGCCUCUGCGACCCGGGCUGGGUGGGGGACCAAUGCCAGCACUGCCAGGGCAGGUUCAAGUUAACCGAACCUUCGGGAUAUUUAACAGAUGGUCCGAUUAACUAUAAGUAUAAAACUAAAUGUACAUGGUUGAUUGAAGGCUAUCCAAAUGCAGUGUUAAGAUUAAGAUUUAAUCAUUUUGCUACAGAAUGUAGCUGGGAUCAUAUGUAUGUUUAUGAUGGAGACUCUAUAUAUGCACCUUUAAUAGCGGUACUUAGUGGCUUGAUUGUCCCUGAAGUAAGGGGAAACGAAACUGUGCCUGAAGUUGUUACAACAUCGGGUUAUGCCCUACUUCAUUUUUUUAGUGAUGCAGCAUAUAAUCUAACUGGUUUCAACAUUUUUUACUCAAUCAAUUCUUGUCCUAACAAUUGCUCUGGUCAUGGGAAAUGUACCACUAGUAUCUCCGCUCCCAGUCAAGUAUACUGUGAAUGUGAUAAAUACUGGAAAGGGGGAGCUUGUGACAUUCCUUACUGCAAAGCCAACUGUGGGAGUCCAGACCACGGCUACUGUGACUUAACGGGAGAGAAAUUGUGUGUCUGCAAUGACAGUUGGCAAGGUCCUGAUUGCUCUUUGAAUGUCCCUUCUACCGAGUCUUACUGGAUUCUGCCAAAUGUUAAACCCUUCAGUCCUUCUGUAGGCCGGGCUUCACAUAAAGCCGUUUUACAUGGGAAGUUUAUGUGGGUGAUUGGCGGAUAUACUUUUAACUACAGUUCUUUUCAAAUGGUCUUGAAUUACAAUUUAGAAAGCAGUAUAUGGAAUGUAGGAACUCUAUCCAGGGGACCUGUCCAGAGAUACGGACACUCUCUUGCUUUAUAUCAGGAAGACAUCUUUAUGUAUGGAGGCAGAAUUGAAACAAAUGAUGGCAAUGUUUCGGGUGAAUUGUGGGUUUUCAACAUCCAUAGUCAGUCCUGGAGUACAAAAACCCCUACAGUUCUUGGACAUAGCCAGCAGUAUGCGGUGGAGGGACACUCAGCACACAUUAUGGAGGUGGACAGUGGAGAUGUUGUCAUGAUCAUCAUAUUUGGAUAUUCUGCAAUAUAUGGUUAUACAAACAGCAUACAAGAGUACCACAUCUCGUCUAACACUUGGCUUGUUCCAGAAACUAAAGGAGCAAUUGUACAAGGUGGAUAUGGCCAUACUAGUGUGUAUGAUGAAAUAACAAAGUCCAUUUAUGUUCACGGAGGCUAUAAAGCAUUACCAGGCAAUAAAUAUGGCUUGGUAGAUGAUCUUUAUAAGUAUGAAGUUAACACUAAGACUUGGACUAUUUUGAAAGAAAGUGGGUUUGCCAGAUACCUUCAUUCAGCUGUUCUUAUCAAUGGAGCUAUGCUUAUUUUUGGAGGAAACACGCAUAAUGACACUUCUUUGAGUAACGGUGCAAAAUGUUUUUCUGCCGAUUUCCUGGCAUAUGACAUAGCUUGUGAUGAAUGGAAAAUACUACCCAAACCAAAUCUUCAUAGAGAUGUCAACAGAUUUGGACACUCUGCAGUUGUCAUUAAUGGGUCCAUGUAUAUAUUUGGGGGAUUUUCUAGUGUACUCCUUAAUGACAUCCUUGUCUACAAGCCCCCAAACUGUAAGGCUUUCAGAGACGAAGAAUUGUGUAAAAAUGCUGGCCCAGGGAUAAAAUGUGUUUGGAAUAAAAACCACUGUGAAUCUUGGGAAUCUGGAAAUACUAAUAAUAUUCUCAGAGCAAAGUGCCCUCCUAAAACAGCUGCUUCUGAUGACCGGUGCUACAGAUACGCCGAUUGCGCCAGCUGUACCGCUAAUACGAAUGGGUGCCAAUGGUGUGAUGACAAGAAAUGCAUUUCGGCCAGCAGUAACUGCAGUAUGACUGUCAGAAACUAUACCAAAUGCCACGUGAGGAAUGAGCAGAUUUGUAAUAAACUUACCAGCUGUAAAAGCUGCUCGCUGAACUUGAAUUGCCAGUGGGAUCAGCGGCAACAGGAAUGCCAGGCAUUACCAGCUCAUCUUUGUGGAGAAGGAUGGAGUCAUAUUGGAGAUGCUUGUCUUAGAAUCAAUUCCAGUAGAGAAAGCUACGACAGUGCAAAGCUGUAUUGCUAUAAUCUUAGUGGGAAUCUUGCUUCAUUAACAACAUCAAAAGAAGUAGAGUUUGUUCUGGAUGAAAUACACAAGUAUACACAACAGAAGGUCUCACCCUGGGUAGGCUUGCGUAAGAUCAAUAUCUCCUACUGGGGAUGGGAGGACAUGUCCCCUUUUACCAAUACGACCCUGCAGUGGCUUCCUGGUGAACCCAAUGAUUCAGGAUUCUGUGCAUAUCUAGAAAGGGCUGCGGUAGCUGGCUUGAAAGCUAAUCCUUGUACGUCUAUGGCAGAUGGCCUCGUUUGUGAAAAACCUAUUGUGAGUCCAAAUCAGAAUGCCAGGCCGUGCAAGAAGCCGUGCUCCCUGAGGACGUCCUGCACCAACUGUACGGGCGGCGGCAUGGAAUGCAUGUGGUGCGGAAGUACCAAGCGCUGUGUGGACUCCAAUGCCUAUAUCAUCUCCUUCCCCUACGGGCAGUGUCUGGAGUGGCAGACGGCCACCUGUUCUCCUCAAAAUUGUUCUGGAUUUCGGACCUGCGGCCAGUGUCUGGAACAGCCAGGAUGUGGCUGGUGCAGUGACCCUAGUAAUACGGGAAGAGGGCACUGCACUGAAGGGUCUUCCCGGGGACCCAUGAAGCUUGUGGGAAUGCAUGGCAGUGAGAUGGUUCUUGACACCAGUCUUUGUCCCAAAGAGAAGUACUACGAGUGGUCCUUUAUCCAGUGCCCAGCUUGCCAGUGUAAUGGACACAGCACGUGCAUAAAUAAUAAUGUGUGUGAACAGUGUAGGAAUCUCACCACAGGAAAGCAAUGCCAGGAGUGCAUGGCCGGCUACUAUGGUGACCCCACCAAUGGAGGACAGUGUACAGCUUGUACAUGCAGUGGCCAUGCAAAUAUUUGUCACAUGCACACAGGAAAAUGUUUCUGCACAACGAAAGGGAUAAAAGGGGACCAAUGCCAAUUAUGUGACUCUGAAAACCGCUAUGUUGGUAAUCCACUGAGAGGGACAUGCUAUUACAGUCUUCUUAUCGACUAUCAGUUCACGUUCAGCUUACUACAGGAAGACGAUCGGCACCACACAGCGAUAAACUUCAUAGCAAACCCUGAACAGUCAAACAAAAACUUGGACAUUUCAAUUAAUGCAUCAAACAACUUUAAUCUCAAUAUUACAUGGUCUGUUGGUUCAACAGCUGGAACAAUAUCUGGGGAGGAGACUCCAAUAGUUUCCAAGACCAAUAUAAAGGAAUACAGGGAUAGUUUUUCCUAUGAAAAAUUUAACUUUCGAAGCAAUCCUAAUAUUACAUUCUAUGUAUACGUCAGCAACUUUUCCUGGCCUAUUAAAAUACAAAUUGCUUUCUCACAACACAACACUAUCAUGGACCUUGUGCAGUUUUUUGUCACCUUCUUCAGUUGUUUUUUAUCUUUAUUACUGGUGGCCGCUGUGGUGUGGAAGAUAAAACAGACUUGUUGGGCUUCUCGGCGGAGAGAGCAACUGCUUCGUGAACGACAGCAGAUGGCCAGCCGUCCCUUCGCUUCUGUCGAUGUAGCUCUGGAAGUAGGAGCUGAGCAGACAGACUUUCCGCGAGGGCCAUUAGAGGGGGCGCCUAAACCAAUAGCCAUGGAGCCGUGUGCUGGAAACAGAGCUGCUGUUCUGACGGUGUUCCUUUGUCUUCCUCGGGGAUCGUCCGGUGCCCCUCCCCCUGGGCAGUCAGGCCUCGCCAUCGCCAGUGCCCUAAUAGACAUUUCACAACAGAAGCCUUCAGAUAGUAAAGACAAGACUUCGGGAGUUCGAAACCGAAAGCCCCACCUCUCAACACGUCAAGGAACUUGUGUCUGA